AUGCAGGUCCAGGACAACGAUGAUCUGAGCCUGCUCCAAAAUGCGUCUGUACUCACCAACGAUGAGGUCGUCGGCACCCUUGUCGACCGCUAUGAGCAGCGCCCGCACUCUCAGCCAUACACCAACAUUGGCGACCGCCUCUUGGUAGCCUUCAACCCCAACGAGAGCCAGGAGAGCUCCUCCGACCAGGUCGCGUUGCAAUAUGCAGACGACUACCGCGACACCUCUGCCAGCCGCCAGCCCUUGCCGCCGCACAUCUUCAAGGUGGCUGAGCAAGCGUAUCUUCAUAUGCGCCGCACUGGCCUCAGCCAGAGCAUCAGUUUCAUCGGAAAAACAGAGCAGCGUCGCCUGGUGACGCGCUUUUUUUCAGUGAUCCGUGCUCACUCCAAGAAGGACACGCGCCUGUACUCGCGUAUCCAGAAUGCCGAUAUUGUGCUUGAGGCGUUUUCGCACGCAAAGACGGCCGUCCACAACAACGGCUCGCGCAUGGGCUCGUAUAUCGAACUCCAGUUCGACCAACGCGGACGCACUGUUGGCACCAAAACACUCACGUACCUGUUGGAAAAGGCCCGCGUAACACAUGUGCCCCAGGGCGAGCGCAGCUUUCACGUGUUUUACUAUCUGACCAACGGCGCUGCCACCGAGGAGCGCUCCGAGUAUGGGAUCACACAGGCAUCAUUUGACUAUCUGCACCGCCCGGGCACGGUCCAGCGCAUCACCGGAUUCAGCGACUCGGAGCGGUUCCAGGAGCUGGUCACCGCCAUGGGCAGCAUCGGCCUGGGCCAAAAGUACCGCCGCCACAUAUUUACUGUGCUGGCGUCAAUCCUUGCAUUGGGGAACCUGCAGUUCCAGCACCAGAAGCAGAGCGAGGAGAGUGCUGCCACUGUGCGCAACCAGGACGUAGCGAUCCACGUCAGUGAAAUGCUCGGCAUUCCUGUAGACACCCUUCUGUCACUUCUGACCAUCCAGACCAAACAAGUGGGCAGCGACAAGUUCACGGUCUACCUCGAUGGCAAGGGCGCAGCGGCGCGCCGCGACGACCUCGCGCGCUCCCUGUACUCUCUUCUGUUCAACUGGCUGGUCGAGUUCCUCAACUCCAAGCUGUGCAGGGACGACGCAGACAAUAGCAGCUUUAUCAGCAUGGUCGACUUCCCGGGAUGGUACACGGCACGCCAGAGCGGCUAUGAGCAGCUGUGCAGAAACUACGCCAACGAGCGCCUGCACCACUUUUUGUUCCACCAGAUGUUCGAGGCCGGCAGCAACGAGUACAUCGCCGAGGGCAUCACCGACAUCGUACCAGUCGUCGAGUUUGCCAACCGCUCGCAGUGUCUAGACCUGUUCAUGAAGCCCAAGUCGGGUCUGUUUUCCACCAUGGACCGCCAGGCGGCUGAGUACCUGCAGAUUGACAAGGGAGGCAAGAAGAAGGACGCGUCGGCGCAGCGCGAGUUCAACCCUAACCUGUCCGAGCGCGAGGCCGGCAACCAGCUGCUCAAGGCGUUCAACCGCCAGCAUGACCACAGGUCUGGCGAGGCCAACCAGUUCUACUCGUCGAGCGACAGCAAGAACGAGAUGAACAGCUUUACUGUGUCGCAUUUCUGGGGCGAUGUCAGCUACAGCAUUGACGACUUUGUCGAGAAGAACCUCGAUCAGCUCAGCUCUGACUUUGUCGCUGUGUUCCGCGGCGACGGUACGGCGGAGAACCCCGGCACGGACAACGGAUUUGUCGCUGGCCUGUUCUCGAACAAGACCCUGGCUACCGAGGUACACCCCAAGGAUGAAAAAGCUGUGGUCCAGGCACAAGCUCCCUCUGUACCCACGCGCUCGCCGUCGAUGAUGAGGCCUAAAACCAGAGGCGCUACGUCGCGGUUUGCCAAGGUCGACUGCGUGGCCACCCAGUUUCAGCGCGCGCUCAACGAGAUGGUCAUGACUCUGGAUGACACCCUGACCUGGUUUGUGCUGUGUAUUAAGCCAAACGAGCAGGGCCGCGCACGGGCUACCGAUAUUCGUCGCAUCCAAGCGCAAAUCGGCCAAUUCGACUUGGACAACAUCAUCAAGCGCAAAGCAGCGGAGUUCUCGGCAGUUCUCAGUAUGUCGGACUUUUGUCAGCGCUACAAGCUUGUCAUUAAUGAGUACGUGGCCGACGGGCCGGCGCUGGUCGACGAUUUUGCAAAGUGCGCCGCGCUCAAGAAGGCGCUGCAGCUUUCCGACGCGGAGAUGGCGCUCGGUCGGGCCAAGGUGUUUGUCAAUUUCAAGACCUGGCGGCGCAUCGACGACCCGAUCCGCGGCAUGGAGCGCAUGGAGAUGAGUGACCAGCGCACGGGCCACAAGCAGAACAAGGAUGCACAACAGUUUGGCGAGCUGGGCUACGGCGACAUUACCGAUACGUGUGCCACCAGCUUCGGCGACCAGUCAGAGGCUAACCUUAUGCUCAACGCACAGCCGCUGGGCCACAACUCAAGCUCGGACACGGGCAUGAGUGGUGCCGCGCAGCAGAUGCGCGCGCUCAAGGGCCGCAUGUUUGGCGCUGGAGCCGACGCACGCUCAUAUUACUCCGACGAUGACGGAUACCAGGGGAUGGGCAACCGCGACGGCAUUUCAGAAGUCGCCAGCGAGCGCGACUUUAAUGCCGGCUACGAGGAAACCCUGCCACUCUCGGCCGGCGACCCGGAGACCACCAAGAAGAGCAUGAUGGCGAUAGCGGCGCAGGACGAGCCAGAGGACGAGCCCGAGAUCCCCGAAACAUCGGCUCGCAAGGCAUGGGUUGCUUUCACAUGGCUUUGUACGUGGAUGAUCCCGUCGGUGUUCUUGCGGUGGUGCGGGCGGAUCAAGCGCCGCGACCAGCGAAUGGCUUGGCGCGAGAAGGUAGCCUUGUGCAUGAUCGUCGUUUGGAGCUGUGGCGUUGUGAUCUUCUGGAUCGUGGGUUUAGGCAUGCUCCUCUGCCCGCGUCAACACGUGUACUCGAUCACCGAUCUCACUUCGCACAACACCGCUGAUGACGCUCUUGUUGCCAUCCGCGGCGAGGUGUUUGACGUCAAGGACUACAGCCACAUGGGCGUCCAGUUCAAGUACCUGAUGGACCACAACUACGUUGGCCGUGACCAGUCUAGUAUGUUCCCCUACCAGCUGUCAUUUGUUUGCCCAUUCGAGGGCAUGGACCCGCGUCUCAGCUUCCAGACCAAGCCUGAACUCUACUCGCCAACGUACUACCACGACCACCGUUGGUGGCGCCACCCGACAGAGAAGGGUUACAACUACUUCCAGUUCCGCAUGAUGCGCAUUAUGCGCCAGAACUACGCCAAGGGCCACAUUGCCGUCGACCCCAAGGAGCUGCUGCUGGAGGGCAGCGGAAACUCCAAAAACGCAAUGGGCCAGAUCAUCCGCCGGUGCAUCAUUCAUGACCAAAUUUUUGACCUGAGUGAGUAUAUCAACCACAUGGGUGUUCCGUACCUUGUGUCUGAUACCCAGAACUCAACCAACAGCGUGGGCACUCGCAAGUUCCUCGAUGACAACGUGUUUGACAUGUUUGACCAGAACCCCGGCAAGGACAUUACAGAUAUGUGGGACCGGUUCUUUGCAGAUAAGCCUGAGGGCGCGUUCUACGUGGGCAAGGUUGACCUGCGCAAGUCGACCAGAUGCUAUGCGGCCAACUACCUGCUGCUCGCUGCGACAAUUGCCCUAGUGUCCAUCAUCUUUUUCAAGUUCCUCGCCGCUCUGCAGUUCGGCUCUCGCCGUGACCCCGAGCCUGGUACCAACUUUGUCGUCUGUAAUGUGCCAUGCUACACUGAGGGUGAGGAGUCUCUCAAACAGACCAUUGAUUCGCUUGCCGAGCUCAAGUACGACGACAAGCGCAAGCUGUUGUUCAUUGUGUGUGACGGCAUGAUCAUGGGCUCGGGCAACGACCGCCCGACGCCGCGCAUCGUGCUUGACAUUCUUGGUGUUGGCAGUGACCAAGAGCCCGAGGCACUGAGCUACAUUGCGCUCGGUGAGGGAUCCAAGGAGCACAACAUGGCCAAGGUAUACUCUGGUCUGUACGAGUUCAAGGGCCACGUCGUCCCGUACCUAGUCGUGGCCAAGGUUGGCACGCCUCACGAGCGCAACCGCCCAGGCAAUCGCGGCAAGCGUGACUCCCAGAUCAUGUUGAUGCAUUUCUUCAACAAGGUCUUCUUUGACCUGCCGAUGACGCCGCUUGAGCUGGAGAUGUUCCACCAGGUCAAGAAUGUCAUUGGAGUCAACCCCGCGCUGUACGAAUUUGUGCUGAUGAUCGACGCCGAUACUGUGGUUUUCUCAGACUCGCUGUCGCGCCUGAUUGGCGCUCUGAACAACGACACUAAAAUCAUCGGUAUCUGCGGCGAGACUAUGCUGGCCAACGCCAAGAGCUCAUGGAUCACGAUGAUGCAGGUGUACGAGUACUUUAUCUCGCACCACCUGACUAAGGCCUUCGAGUCGCUGUUUGGGUCUGUCACUUGUCUUCCAGGUUGCUUUAGUAUGUACCGUAUGCGCACUCCUGAUAGCGUGGGUACACCCGUACCGCUGCUUAUAUCCAACCAGAUCAUUGACGACUAUUCGACUAACCGCGUUGAAACGCUUCACGAGAAGAACCUGCUGCAUCUCGGCGAGGAUCGGUACCUGACCACGCUUGUGCUCAAGCACUUCCCGUAUUACAAGAACAAGUUUGUCCCAGCAGCCAAGUGCAUUACCAAUGCGCCCGAGGAGCUCAACGUUCUGCUAUCCCAGCGCCGCCGCUGGAUUAAUUCAACCGUGCACAAUCUAUUCGAGCUGGUGUUCCUGCCGCAGCUGUGCGGCUUCUGCUGCUUCUCGAUGCGCUUCCUUGCCAACCCGGACUCGACCACGUCUUACAUCUCGCUGUACCUGCUGGCGGCCAUUUACGGCAUGCAGGCGCUGAUUUUCAUUCUCAAGCGCCAGUGGCAGCACAUCGGCUGGAUGAUUGUAUACAUUCUGGCCAUUCCACUAUUCUCAUUCUUCAUCCCGCUCUACUCGUUCUGGCACUUUGACGACUUCUCGUGGGGCAACACGCGCAUGGUCGUCGGCGAGUCGGGCCGCAAGCAUAUCUACACUGUUGACAACGAAAAGUUUGACAAGUCAUCUAUUCCCAUGCGCAAAUGGUCCGACUACGAACAGGAUAUGCUGGACAAUUCCAAGUCGCAGUACGACAUUUCGGAAACCGGAUCACGAUUUGGCGGUGCUGCUGCUCUCAUCAACCGCCCUGGCUCUGCUACUGGAAACGUGCCCCAAUCAAUGGCUGAGUAUGCGGGUACUAAUUCAGUCUACUAUGACAACGGGUACGGGUACAACAUGGCACUUAACACCAACCUUCCGGUGAAUGCGCCUGGCAUCCCUGGCACGACCUUUGACUACCUGGCAUCUGGCCGCUCCUCCCCCAUCCAGCCCGUGUCCGGCGGCAACGGGCAGUUUAACGCGUAUGAUAUGGCCACUAUUAACAGUGCGCGCAUGUCUGCUGCCAGCACGCCUAUGGAUCCGCGCAUGGGUCAGGCUGGCGACGGCUCUUACUUCCAGCAAGGCAUGCCCAUGCCUGAUCCACGUAUUUCGACGGCGUAUUCUGGUAUGCAGACGGUGCCCGGGAGCCCAUCGAUGCACUCUCAGCAAGGGUUUGCCAUGUCAGCGUACAAUCGUCCAUCGACCUUUGCAUCUGGCACUGACCAGACGGCUAUCCAAAUGGGAGCGAUGGACACGGGCGUCAAGUCGAUUUUGGAUUAUUCCACUGUACCAAGCCCCCCUGGGGAUUUGAAGGCAAUGCAGGUUCAGCAGUGGCCCUCGGGCGUUACCGAUGAUCAGCUGGCCAGACACGUUGGGGAAAUCAUUGCUACGACUGACUUGAUGACCAUCACCAAAAAGCAGGUGCGCCAACAGAUCAUGGGCCACUUUGGCAUCUCUGCUGAAGAAGAGAAGGCACGUCGCAACUUUAUCAACCAGUGCAUUUCUAAGGGGCUCGAGCAGCGCCAAGCUGAAAAUAACUAA